AUGCUGGCGGCGUUCCUCGCGGCGCUCGUCUUCUUCCAUUCCUCCGAGUUCCUCCUCGCGCUCUGGUCCACCGGCAAACCCGACCUCCGAUCGUUCCUCUUCUCGCAGGAGUAUCUGCUGGCCAUGGCAGCAGCGCUCACUGAAUACGCCCUCGAGACCGCCCUCUUCCCAGCCUUCAAGCGCCGCCUGUGGCCCGUGGCGUGGGUGGGGGGGGCGCUGCUGCUGGCGGGGGAAGCGGUGCGCAAGGCAGCCAUGGUGACGGCAGGGCGGAGCUUCACUCAUGACAUUCAGACGGAGAAGCGGCGCGAACACCGACUGGUCACACACGGGCUUUACAGGUGGGUGCGGUUGGGUGCUUGUGUGUGUAUGGUGUUCCUGUACAGGUGGGUGCGGCAUCCGGGCUACACGGGGUGGUUCAUGUGGAGCAUAGCCACGCAGCUGCUGCUCGUCAACCCCCUCUGCACGCUCGCCUUCGCCCUCGUCUCCUGGUGCUUCUUUGCCGUCCGCAUCCCGCAUCCCCUACGAGUUCUGCCUGCACCAGCUCAUCGAUCUCAAGUUCCUGCAAUGCGCUGCCCUCCUGCUUUCGUUCGCCUCAUCGCCCUCUCAUCUCCCCUCCCCCCUCCAUGCAGCUACGAGGAGUUCUACCUGCACCAGUUUUUUGGACUCGAGUACGCACUCCCUUGGUGCCAUCUGGUACUCCCUUCAACUCACCACGCCAUUUCCUCUGCUCCCGUGCCCCUCAAGUACGCACGAAACGCUGCCUCGGUGCCAUCUGGUAUCCCCUUUCAGCGCCUGCAGGAGCCGCCAGUGCUGCUGCUGGAAGCCCUGCAGGCACACGCCCUGGCAGCCGAGGAGGAAACCGCACUGCCCCUGCUGCCACCUGCCACUCCAGCAGCCACUCCAGCAGCCACUCCUGCAGCCACUCCAGCAGCCACUCCUGCAGCCACUCCUGCAGCCGCUUCCGGGCCUCGUGGGCCUAGCUCGGCAGCAGAAGGGUCUGGUUUGGCAGCAGAAGGGUCUGGUUUGGCAGCAGAAGGGUCUGGUUUGGCAGCAGAAGGGUCUGGUUUGGCAGCAGAAGGGUCUGGUUUGGCAGCAGAAGGGUCUGGUUUGGCAGCAGAAGGGUCUGGUUUGGCAGCAGAAGGGUCUGGUUUGGCAGCAGAAGGGUCUGGUUUGGCAGCAGGGGAGUUGGAGUUCCGGCGGGUGGAGUGUGCGGGGCGGUACGACGAUGCACGGUCGCUGUUUGUGGGGCCGAGAGCGCACACAGUGAGGGGCGCACAGGAGAAGGGGUACUUCCUCGUCACUCCGCUCAUCCCUCCAUCUGGCAGGUGUUUGGCUGGGCAGGGGUGCGCAGGAGAAGGGGUACUUCCUUGUCACUCCGCUCAUGCCUCCCCCUGGCUGGUAUGUCCAUUCGCCCCGUCAGUAAAGCACUCGUCUUUCAUGCCAAUGCGGGCGCACACAGUGAGGGGCGCACAGGAGAAGGGGUACUUCCUUGUCACGCCUCUGCUGCCACGUGCUGGCAGCCAGCAGCCAGCAGUGCUGGUGAACAGGGGGUGGGUGCCGGAGGCAGUGAGGCGAGAGGCAGACACAUGGAUGGCGGGAGAGAGGGCGAGGGGGGCUGCAGGCGAGGUGGGGAAGGAGGAGGUUGAGAGCGGUGGCAGUAGGACGAGCAGGAGUGGUGGUGGCGGAAGCAGCAGCAGUGGCAGGAGCAGCAGCGGUGACAUUAGUGUGAAGGGUAGCAGCAGGGGGUGGUUUGGGUCGGGGGGAGGUAAAGGGCGGGCCUCAACCAAGGCAGAGACAGCAGGCAGCGAGCCCAACACCCCCCCUAUUAUACGCGUGUCCGGGGUGGUGCGAGGCAGUGAGAAGCCGAACCACUUUGUGCCUCCCAACGCGCCGGAGCACGGCAAAUGGUUCUGGGUGGACGUGCCGGCCAUGGCCCAGGGAUGUGGCCUGCCACGUGGCACUCUGCUAUUGGACGCCAUGAAACCAACCGAGGAAGAGGAAGAAAAUACAACUCACAGCACCGGCAGCAGCAGCAGCAGCAGCGGGCAGGCGGGUGUGUGUCCUGCAUUCUCCAGCGACCCGCGCUUCCCUCGCCCCAAGGACCCGGAGGAGCUCGUGAAGCUGCCAGUCAUGCCCACCGACCACAUCACCUACGCCGCCACCUGGUGA